GGCCGCGCGCUCAGAUACUGUUUGCCUUAAAACAACAACCAAACAGAUGGACGCGCGUUAACUGUGAAAACAGCAGCUUUUUGGAGUGCAGCCGGACUUUCAGCCUUCCUCUACCUGCAAGCGAGCCUGGAUCGUCCUGUACCCGUCAGACUCGCCGAGAUGGCAGCUUUAAGCAGCCUUAACGUGAAGACUCUGGAAGAUCUGACUCUGGACUCAGGCUAUGGAGCAGGAGACUCGUCCGGGUCCCUGAGCCUGUCCUCGUCAAAGUCCAACUCCCAGCUCGUCUCGGCUCCUCAUCGGGGCAACUGGUGGCAGUGCUCGGGCUCCAUGGACAGCAGGCACGGCAGUUGGGACACGGUGAACACGGUUCUGCCGGAGGACCCGGAGGACAUUUUCUCCAAAUGCCCGCGCCUGCCGGAUCUGGAGGAGUUUCCGUGGACGGAAGAUGACAUCGAUGCCGUCCUGCGCAAGGCUGCACCGGGCGCGUCGUUCACGGCCGACUUCGUCCGCCGCUUCUCCGCGCUCUCCCGCAGGGCCCUGCUGCGCGUGGCCAGGGAGGCGCAGCGCCUGAGCGUGCUGCACUGCAGGUGCACGCGCUUCGAAGUGCAGAGCGCCGUGCGCCUGGUGACCAGCUGGCGGCUCGCCGAGAGCUGCCUCGCGGCCACGGUGAAGGCCAUCUCCCUGUACAGCAUGAGCUCCGGCGAGUCUUUGCGCAGGGGGAAGUCCGCGCGCUGCGGCCUUGCGCUCUCCGUGGGCCGCUUCUUCCGAUGGAUGGUGGACACGCGCGUCUCCGUGCGCGUGCACGAGCACGCAGCCAUCUGCCUGGCCGCGGCCGUGGAGAGGCUGAUGGAGGAGGUGGCUGGGAGGGCGCUGGAGGUGCGCGGCGGAGGUGCCCCCUGCUGCGUGGUGCACGUGGACGCCCUGGAGGCAGCGGUCAGUAACGACGCAGAGCUGUACGGCCUCCUGCAGAGCUACGAACACCUCAUCUGCGGGAAGAAUGCCAACGGUGAGCUGUCCCUGCCUGCCCACUUCAGUCCAUAUGCUGGUGGUGGUGUCAGUCCCCAGGGGUCAGAGAGCAGAGAGGAUGCCUGCGCUCAGCUGGAGCUGCGGACACUGGAGCAGGCUCUUCUGGCCACCUGCGUGGGCAGCAUCUCAGAGCUCAGUGACCUGGUGUCCCGUGCAAUGCACCAUAUGCAGCGCCUGAUCUCCGGGGGGCGCUGUCUCAGUCCUGGACGUCCCGGCCACACACAGCCCCUCUCCUGGUCUGCUGAUGCCCUCCACACCCUGUACUACUUCCUCCGCAGUCCACAAAUGGAGUCCUUAGAGAACCCAAACCUGGAGCCCCCCAGGAUGGCCCUCAGCAAAGAAAGGCCCUUCCCCUUACUGCCCCCUCUGAUGGAGUGGAUGCGGGUCGCGAUGGUUCACGCUGAGCAUCGACGCAGUCUGUUUGUGGACAGUGAUGAUGUGAGGCAGACGGCCAGACUUCUACUGCCCGGACUGGACUGUGAACCAAGACAGCUGAAGCCAGAGUGCUGUUUCAGCUCUUUUAAGCGCUUGGACUCGAAAGCUGCGACAGACAAGUUCAAUCUGGAUCUGGGCUUUCGAAUGCUUAACUGUGGACGCACAGAUCUGAUUGGUCAGGCUAUCCAACUGCUGGGUCCAGAUGGAGUCAACACCAUGGAUGACCAGGGCAUGACCCCUUUGAUGUAUGCCUGCUCUGCUGGGGAUGAAGCGCUGGUGCACAUGCUCAUUCAUGCAGGGGCCAACCUGGAUUUAGCUGUGCCCAGCUGCUCUUCAAAGCACCCCUCUGUUCACCCUGACAGUCGCCACUGGGUGGCGCUCACUUUCGCUGUGCUGUAUGGACAUAUUUCCGUGGCACAGCUGCUGCUGGACAUGGGAGCAGACGUGGAGGGCCGUGCCCUUAGGACUGGACACCAAGGUUCAGCAGAAACCCCCCUCCAACAGGCAUCUGCUGCAGGAAACUAUGAGAUGGUCAGUUUGCUGCUGUCCCGUGGUGCUGACCCCAUGUUUCGCGUGCAUAGUGGGAGCACACUGACAUCAUCACUGUAUGAGGAUAUGAACUGUUUCAGUCACGCUGCAGCACAUGGACACAGGAAUGUGUUGAGGAAGUUACUGAGCCAGCCCCACAGGCUGCAGGAGGAUGUGCUGUCUCUGGAGGAGAUCCUGGCGGAGGGGGUGGAGGGGAAGCCGAGGGAGGAGGUUAAGGAUUCGCUCCGCUCUCACUCCUCCUCCAGCAACGGCGGCGUCCCAUACAUGUCCAAGGCCCAAAGCCGAGCCCUACAGGAGGCCAGCCUGCACAGUGCUGAACAUGGCUACCUGGAUGUGACCAUGGAGCUCCGAGCACUCGGUGUGCCGUGGAGGCUGCAUGUGUGGCUGGAGUCCGUGCGCAUUGCUCAGCUACAGUCCAGGACCGAGGUCACUCUUUCACUGCUGAGAGACUUCACCUCCAUGUGGCAGGAGAAAUACUGCGAGGAGCUCAUCUCAGAUGGCCUGCCACUGCUUUUCUCCAUCUUUAGAACCACCAAGAAUAAGGAGAUCCGUGAAUGGCUGGGAGUUGUUUGGAGCCACUGCUUUGGCUCUGCUGUGUUGCCUCCUAUUCCUGCAGUGAGGAACACACCUGCUGCUCAACUGGAUGCUCAUUUCCUGAAUAACUCUGAGAUGUCUGAUGUGACGUUCCUGGUGCAAGGCCAGCCAUUCUACGCCCACAAAGUGCUUCUCAUGUCUGCGUCUCAGAGGUUCAAAGAGCUGCUCAGCGUUUGCAGAUCCAAUGGCACAGCGGACCAUAAUAUCAUUGAGCUCACUGACAUCAAGCACAGCACUUUCCAGAUGCUGAUGGCUCAUCUGUACGGUGGAGUAGCUGGGAAUUCAGAAGCGUCUCUCUCAGAUAUGUUAGAGCUCCUGCCCGUGUCUCACUCCUUCCAGCUCAGCACCCUUAAGAGGCACUGUGAAGUCCACUGUGCAGAGAGGAUGACCCCCCGCAACGCUGUCCUCAUCUACCACACAGCCAAGGCGAGCUGUGCGGCAGAGCUGGCUGAAUUCUGCGAAGGCUUCUUCUUGCAGAACAUGCCCCAGAUGCUGCAGCGGAGAGAGUUUGAGGAGCUGCUGCUGGGGUCCGAGUGCGGUCCAGACCAGGAGCCGGACACUCUGGAGGCCCUGCAGGCAACACUGGCCUCCAGGCUGCGAUAUCUUGGCAGCUCGUUCAUGGUGUGAUGGCAGGGCAGAAACGUGCUAAUUGUGCCCGCAUGGAAAACCUAUUGAAGUGGAAAACUUGGCCCAAGCGGUAGUGGAGAUGUGCCUUGACAGGACAGACAGAGCAAUUAGGCUGAUAUCUCAUUACUUACAGAACGAGCCAGUGCUGAAUAUGUAUAAGGCAGUGCAUUUAGAACACAGCCACGUUCUUCUGUAGAUGUCGGGAGAUGUUGUGCACUCAUUAGCGAGAUGCGGCAAGUUCCCGUUCGGCAAAUGCAUUCAAAUACGGACUGAUGAGCGCAGGAAAGGAAGUAGGGAGAAAUGAGUUUGGUAAAGAAUGCAUUAUAAACAUAUAGUCGUGUGCAAAAGUUUGGGCACCCCUGAUCCAAUGACGUUUUGUUGAUUUAUAUAAGUGAAAAGAAGUGAACAGAGAACACACUUCUGCACACUUCAAUGCAGUUGCCGUUUAUUUACUUAAAUUAAGCAUAGAAUUUUGCCUGUGCAAAAGUUAUGGCACAUUUUGUUUAUCCUCGGUAAACUCAGCAAAUAAAUAUAAACUGUGUACUACAGUUAGCAGAAAUGCUAAUAUUUGUUUGCCUGUUGAGGAUGUGUUAACAUAUUAUCACACAGAAAAUUAACCAAAUGUAAUUUAUUCAGGGGCGCCCAGACUUUUACAUAUGACUAUACAUACAGUGAUAGGUCACACAGUGAUAUGUGCUGCAGUAAUAGUGCCCUCUAGCGGAUAAAAUGGGAUGUUGACGCCUGUUAGAAAGAAAGACAGUGCAGUAAUGUGAAUGAAAGUAAUUGUGAAAAAUGUUUUUUAAUACUAAUAAUUUGUACAUAGUUUUGUCCACGUUUAUAAGUGCUUCCAUUUUAACAUGUAAAUAUGUUACUGAUGUAAUAAGUGGUACGUGGUACAUUGGGACCAUUUUAAAAGACCUAAAUUAUUUGAAAUAUUAUAUUCCUCUGUACUGCUAGGGCUCUUGAUUGAUCUCACUGUAAACCUCUGGUGUAUUUACAAGAAAUCAAGCAAUCAAGCAAUAAAUGUGAAGUAUUGUAUUU